AUGGCGAGCUCGGCGCCGCUGGGGACGGUGAUGGGCGCGUCGUGCCGCGGCGGCGCCGCUAACCCCGCCAAGAGCCUCGCCUUCUCCAUCGAGCGCAUCAUGGCCAAGACGUCGGAGCCCAAGGCGGCCCCGGAGCCGCGGCCGGGCGGGCCGGAGGCGGACAAGAAGACGCCGAGCCUGUGCUCACCCCUUCCCUGCGUGAUCCCCAUCCCGCCGCUCGCCUACGAGGUGCCCCCCAAGACUCUGCUCAACUACUCGGAGCUCUGGAAGAGCAGCGCGCGCGGCGGCGCGGGGCUCUGCAAGGCCAACUGCGGCGUGUGCUGCAAGGCAGAGCUCGCGCUGGGCCCGCCGGGCGGGCGGCUCGUGAAGCCGCAGGUCAUUCACCAGGCGGGGGCCAUGCCCGCCGCCCCCCGCUCCCUCUACUACUUCAACUACCUGGACGGCGCGUACCACCCUGCCGACCUGCUGCACGGACAGCUCUUCCCCUCGGGCCUGCUGGGCGGCCCGGCGCCGGGCGGCCUCGCGGCACACCACAAGCUUUUCCUGCUGGAAAACGCCAAGCUGGCCGGGCUGGCGGCCGAGAAGCUGCCGCCGCCGCCUCCGCCGCCGCCUCCGCCGCCUUUCGCGCACAAGGAGCGGCUGCCGGGGCACCUGGACCAGGUGAUGAAGGAGGCGGCAGAGCGCGGCGGUCCCAAGGGCCACCCCAAGCUGGGCGGCGGAGGCGGCGGGGCCGAGGGCAAGCCCAAAAACUUCACCUGCGAGGUGUGCGGCAAGGUCUUCAACGCGCACUACAACCUCACGCGCCACAUGCCCGUGCACACGGGCGCGCGGCCCUUCGUGUGCAAGGUGUGCGGGAAGGGCUUUCGCCAGGCCAGCACCCUGUGCCGCCACAAAAUCAUCCACACGCAGGAGAAGCCGCACAAGUGCACGCAGUGCGGGAAGGCCUUCAACAGGAGCUCCACGCUCAACACGCACAUCCGCAUCCACGCCGGCUACAAGCCCUUCGUGUGCGAGUUCUGCGGCAAGGGCUUCCACCAGAAAGGCAACUACAAGAACCACAAGCUGACGCACAGCGGCGAGAAGCAGUACAAGUGCACCAUCUGCAACAAGGCCUUCCACCAGAUCUAUAACUUGACUUUCCACAUGCACACCCACAACGACAAGAAGCCCUUCACGUGCGUCACGUGCGGGAAAGGAUUUUGCAGAAACUUUGACUUAAAGAAGCACGUCCGAAAGUUGCACGACAGCGUCUCCAGCGCAGCGCCGCCGCCGCGGGACCCUGCGCGCAGCGGCCAGAGCUAAGGGCCGCCCCGGACCUGCUCCUCCAGGCCAGCACUAUUUAUCCAAAGCAGCCUUUGCUU